AUGGGUUUCUUCCGAUCGACUCCCGGAGAGGAGUAUACAUUUCCUGUGGACGAUGAGGAUUCAGACCAAGAGCGAUCGCCUCUCAUUGGCGAUAUUACAGCCACCAAAUCAGUAACGACGAAAUGGAAACCUCCACCAGGUUUUCUAUGGAUUGAAAUAGCAAUUUUUGCCAACGUCUUUCUCUCAGGCUUCGACGGAACUAUCACCGCAUCCACAUAUGCGGUAAUCGGGUCCGAAUUCAACGCUGCCAACACCGUCUCCUGGCUCACAACAUCAUACCUCAUUACCUCGACUGCGUUCCAGCCUCUCUACGGGCGUUUCAGCGACAUUCUUGGGCGUCGAGCAUGCUUCUUUACUGCGACCUUGACAUUUCUUGUUGGCUGUUUGGGGUGUGGUCUUGCGCCAGAUGUGGUCUCCCUGAAUCUUAUGCGUGGUUUGACGGGACUCGGUGGCGGCGGACUUAUGACGAUGGCGACUAUAAUAAACUCGGAUAUGAUCCCUUUUAAAGAGCGUGGGAUGUACCAGGCCUGCCAGAACGUCCUCCAUGGCUUUGGUUCGAUCUGUGGUGCCAGUCUUGGCGGGGCGAUUGCGGACACAAUUGGCUGGCGAUGGUGUUUUCUCUGCCAAGUCCCUGUUUCAAUCUUUGCCUUCGUCGUUGGUCAUUAUGUGAUUAAGGAUACUUCGACACCAUUACUGGUGCCCGAAGAUGCAGAAGAAGAGGACUUGGUCAAAUCUAGACCUUCAAAAUGGAAACAAAUCGACCUCAGUGGUGCUGUGUUGCUGGUUUUAGGGCUGUCUGCUCAAUUGACUGCGAUGAGCAUGGGCGGGAAUAAUUACCCAUGGUCGGAUAUACGAGUAAUCGCGUCGCUCAUCGUGAGUGUUAUACUUCUUGCAGUAUUUAUACUUGUUGAACUGCGCACGGAGGCAAUUCCAGUUAUGCCAAUGACUAUGCUUCAUGGUACGCUUGCCAUCUCCAACCUGAUCAGCAAUGUAUGCGUUGGAAUGGCAGCAUAUGCAUUCCUAUUUUUAAUCCCGCUCUUCUUCCAAGUUGUUUUGCUAGACUCUGCAUCCCAGGCUGGUAUGCGUCUUGUAAUUCCGUCUUUGGCAACCCCAAUUGGCGGGAUCAUCGCUGGCCUCGUUAUGUCACGCCAUGGCCGACUCAGUGAAUUGGUGAGAACCGGCUGCUUCAUCAUGAUGGUCGGCAACGGCCUGGUGGCGUCCUUAGAUUAUCGCGAUUCUAAUUGGAAGUACUUGGUCUAUCUAUUUCCUGCCAAUCUUGGCCAGGGAAUAGCAUAUCCUAGCAUUCUAUUUACAUUCCUAGCUGCAUUUGACCACAGCCAACAAGCUGUGUCGACCUCUAUGGUGUAUCUCUUCCGAUCGCUCGGCACUGUUUGGGGUGUUGCCGCCUCUUCGACUAUUAUUCAGAAUGUCCUCUCAACCAGACUACCCGUGUUAUUGGAUGGGAUACCGGAAAAGGACAAGAUUAUAGAUGAGAUCCGACACUCUGUCACGAUAUUGAAGGACCUACCGCCCGAAAUACAAGCCAUCGCAAGACAGGUAUACUUUGAAGCGUUGAGAUAUGGUUUUAUUGGUAGCACUGCAGUCUGUAUGAUUGCGUUUAUCUCAGCGUUAUUUGCUCGAGGACGAAGCCUCAAUCGAGAUUGA